UAUAUAAAAUUUUGUAGAAAAUCAAGAUCACAUUUUAUAAAAACACUUAAAAAAAUUUAAAUUAUUGAUUGAGCUAAGUGAGAUAUUAAGUGGCCUAUGAUAAUCACACUGUACAAGUACUGUAUAUGUAUGAAAACCAUUGAAGCAGUCAGUAUUUUUAUCAUUGCAAUCCUUUAGUUAACACUACCGAACUUCAAAACUGAUAAAAUGAAAUUUUGUUGUAUUUUGUUGUCAUUCGCCAUUGUAGAAGUUUUGGCAGCUCCUCAAUUUGAGGGCUAUAUCAAGCAGCUUAUGAUUACAAGCAAAUACAUCAAGCUCACAGAAAACUUUUCAUAUCCCAAGGACGCACGCAUCGCAGAUUCUGACGAAUGUGAUACAUUUCCAUCUGUAUUGUAUAAUGCAAUAAAAAAUCUUAUUCAUGGAGAUACAUCUAUGGAGCAACUUGUUGGCAUUUUGGUAUUGCCGGAACUUGCGAACACUAAAAACCUGCAGCAACGCAUCGAUGGCCAGAUUGUUUUGCGAAAUGAAAUAGGAAAAGAAACAAAACUUCCUGUGCCUGUUGUUAAAACCCGAGAUGUUCCUGUGCCUAAAAAUAAAGACGAAGGUCUUAAAGUGAUAUCAAAACUUGAGAAUGAGCUAAGAUCUAAAACCGGUGAAGCUAUUCUCGAUUUAUUCGAAUAUGCAAUAGACAAUAAAGAGUCAGAUCAUACAGCAUUCAGCUGCUAUUCAAAGAUAUGUCGUGUAGCAGGAUUGGCCAAAAGUAUUAAAAACCCAAGUUUAUAUAUAAUAAAAGCUGAGUAUGAAGAUGAGUAUUGUUGGCUAACUGCUGUAGACAAAAGUGUUGAGACAAUUAACUUGGAUUGUAUUGAUGUUAAGAAUUCAAUUUUAGCAUGAUUAUUGUACAAUGUCUAAACAUGCAAUUAUGUAUAUCGCUAUAACUGUAUGCCAUUAUAUCUCUUCAAUUACAAUUAUAUAACAAUUAUUUCACUUAAAUAUAGAGUAUGAACUUGCACUGAAUGUAAUACAACACAGUAAUAUGUUAUAUUUAAAUAUUUUAAAAUGAAAAUAAAUAAAUCUAUUUAUCUAUCUA